UCUGCUUGGCUCCGCUGCCCUCCAAGGGGACGGCAGAUGGCAUGGAGGGGACGGGGAGACACCGCCUGCUGCAGACCCUGGCAGGGCUGGGGAAGGACGAGCUCCAGAGAUGGAAAGAGAAGCUGAGCAAAAUAGCACUGAAGGAGGGAUACCAGCGCAUCCCCCAGGCCCUGCUGGAGAGAGCCAAUCCAGAGGCCCUGGCCGAGCUGCUGAUCAGCUACUACGGGGAGGAGUAUGGGUUGCAGCUGGCUUUACUAGCACAGACUUUAUGCAGUGCAGAACAAGCGGCAACGGAUCUCUCAAGCAUAGCUGGCUCUGAGGUCCUCGAUUUGCAGCUGAAGCGGAGUCUUUCAACGUUUGAGUGGAAUAAGGCAAAAUCCUUCCCCCGCCUGCCUCUGCUCCCACAGUGGCUCAGGAAGCUGACGGGCAAGAAGGAGAAACAGCAUCAGGCAUCCCCAGGCGGAUCCUUCAGUGAAGAGACUCAAUCCACUCUCAAGUCUAGUACAGGGACAGAGGCGGCAGGAGACCCCAUGAGGGAACAGGGCCCUGCCUCACAGCCCUCUAAGAACACCAACAUGCUGCCGAAUAUGAGGUUGGUGGCGCCCAAGAGGAACAGAUUUUCGGGAAGCACAAGGAUGGAGAGCAUCUUCCCCAGCAGGACUCUACCUACACCUCUGCAGUGGCUCAGGAAGGGGAAGCAGAUUCAGGCCUCCCCAAGCCCCUUCUCCCAAGGCUCCCAGAGCACUGAGCAUCACCCGCAGGAGGAGUCUGUUUAUGGCAGCGUCCCACAGGGACCUGGGGCCAUGGGAAAAGUCAUACAGAGGACAGGGAAGAAAAAGAAACCUGCUCCCCUUCUGCUGGAGGCAUUGGGUCGGGGGCCAGGACGUGCAAGUCACACGACAGAGCUUUGUGAUUUCUCCUUUGAUGAAAACCUAGCAUUGCCAUCAGGAGGAUCUUUCAGUGAAGAGGCUGAGACCCCCCCUAGUUCUGCAUCAGGGACAGCUGAAGCUGGAGGGAUCAUCUGCGAACAGUCCCUGCUUCUCUCUGCUGGUGCUGCGUCUGGGGCUGCCGCUGCAGGAGAGACCAGCCCAAGUGAGGAUCCCAGCAGGGACCCCUGGGGACAGGACAAAUGUGACUUGUGUCCCAGAGAGGAGGAUCUUCCAGAAGAAAUACACCCCGAGACUGUUCAGGGCCCAGACGGGAAGCAGGAGACAUACAGGUUUCACCUUCCGGGGGGAGGCUCCUUCCUUUGCUCUGAAACCGAACUGGGGUUUGAGGUGAGGGCAGCCGUGACUAUCGAGUACAAAUAUGACUCCUGGGAUCGACAUCUGAGCACAUCUGAGAAGCAGCAAUGGAUGGUGGCCGGCCCUUUGUUCAACAUCCGGGUGGAACCAGCCAGGGCUGUGGCAGCCGUUCACCUCCCGCACUUCCUGUGCCUCGCGGGGGGAGAGGUUGAUGCCUCCCGGAUGCGAAUCGCCCACUUCGUUGACGGGAGGAUGACCCUGGAGGAGCCAGCGAGGGUAAGGCCAUUCCAUGCCAUGCUGCAGAACCCCAGCUUCUCCCCUCUGGGCGUGCUCUGGAGGAAAAUACAGUCUAAAUGCCAGGCAAAAGUCCACUCCCUGGCCCUGCUCUACCGGGCACUCAGCGCUGCGAACACAACCCUGCACCUCUAUCUGAUCCCCAACGACUGCUCCCUGAGACAGGCCGUUAGUGACCACGAAUCCAAAUGCCCCUCGGUGCGUGUGCACAAGCCUUCCAGGACCAAGCCCUUGAAAUUUGGCUCCUGUUGUGUGGUGUCCAGCUCAUCCCAGCUUGAGGUGAUACCUGAGGAGCUGGAGUUCUGCUAUCUGGGCCCCAAGCUGGAGCAGCCAUACCUGGAGAUCUACACUCGGGACAUGCAGGAGGGGCUGCAGCUCAGCCUGUUGGAAAAGAUAGAAGGGGAACCGAUCUGGAAGGCCUUGGUGAGACCAGAAGACGUGAUGGUCUGUGUUUCAUCUGCCCAAAUGCAGACAGAAGAACAUUUCAUCGACCAGCACCGAGAGCAGCUGAUCCAACGGGUGCGCCAGGUGGACGGCGUGCUGGAUAAACUGUACAACACUGUGCUGGACAACGAGCAGUACCAGAGCAUCCGAGCAGAGAGAACGGACCCGGAGAAAAUGCGGAAGCUCUUCGACCUGCUCCCAAGUUGGAACCGGGCCUGCAAGGACCAGCUCUACCAGGUGCUGGAGGCCAAGCAGAAAUUCCUCAUCCAAGAACUUAAAGGGACGUAAGACUGCCUGCCGUGGCUCACACUAGGGGCCCACCUAGCUCAGUGUCCUGUCGGUAACAGAGGCCAGUACCAGCUACUUCAGAGGAAGGUGCAAGACCUUCCUCCUUGACAAUUCUGCACUAAUCUGCCCACGGUGGGUGAAACCCAGUGUCCCCAACUGGGUAAUCCAGUCUGCUUCCUUAAAAACUCCUGGCUGUGACACUUUGUACCUCAAAAGCAGCACCUUGGAACCCCUAUAUUCACCACAAUCAUGGAACUUUUGUAAGUUUUGU